AUGAGAGAAGCCACCUGUGCGGGAAAUCUAAUUUUCGACGAAUUUCAAUCAGAUUGUGUUCCACCAAAGAAGGUCCACCCUGAGUCCAAAUGUGUGCCUCAACAAUUAAUCAAGACCAGGAAAGUUCAGUUCAAGCCUAAGCAAUUUACGAAGAUUAUGAAACACAUUACAAAGAAGCCUGAACUUAUUAUGAAACAAAUUACAAAGAAGCCCGAACUUAUUAUGAAACCAAUUACAAAGAAGCCCGAACUUAUUUUAACUCCACCGAUACUUCUAGCCGGACAAAACUCUAUUUCAAAGAAUGAAAAAGACUCAGAACCAGAGGAUGAAGAGAUUAACUUUGCCGCCGAUUCAAACGGAGCUAGUUCUCGAUCAUUAGAUAUGGGCACUUACAACACGGAUGUCAUUGCAGAUGUCAAUCGUGUGGAAUUUAAUCAUUCAUCGGACCGAAAAUUGUCAAACGCCGAAAGCUUAAGCACUAAAUCGCCAGGGACGAAAAAUAAUUCAAUUACCACUGCAACAUGGCGGGAAGCCGAGCAUUCUUUAUCUACAAGAUCUUCUCAAGUAUUUACACCAACCGAACCUAACACGACUCCGCAGAGAACUGUUGCCUCUACACAGAAUCAAGCUAAGGAGGUUAAACUUGGCGGGAAGUUUGGUCGGGGCAUGGUAUUUAAUCCCAAUCGUGGCAAUGAAUUCCCACUUAGUUAUAAAUAUACAACUUCUAACCCGCACACAAAUAUUCCCUCUGAGCUAAGUACCGUACAAUGGGGCAACUUAACAACACCAAAACCUGUAUAUUUACUUCUAGGGUCGACUACUCUAGCUACAAAUUACGAUGGAGACCUUGCGUCCAACCAGAACUUAGUUAGGAAUGGCUUCAAUGAUCAAACAAUGUCAAAUGGUGGCGGCAAUAGAAAUAAUCUGAACACGAAUACGAACGAUCGAAACGUCAGCAACCACUUAAAAAAUGACAAUUCGAGUGACAUAGAAGGCGCUAAUACGGAGAACAUAACCCAUGUUGGCUUGACAGGAAUAGAAGGUCAAGACAAAAUUUCUAAUAACAAAACUAAAGAAGCAAAUAAUGUGAGUAAAGGUUCAGUUGGAACAGUUGAAAAUUCGACAAACAUUCAGAAUGGAUCUGAGGGCACCAAUAAUGACAACGGUCAAGGAAGCUUAAAACUUUCUGGACAUCAUAUGUCAUUAGGAGACAGGGAUAACAAUAAUGCGAGUAAAUAUGUCAACUCAAAUGGAUCACGCGAAGUGGAAAGUUCAACAGUUUCUCCUGAAGACGAACACAAUCUUAAGGGUAUGAAAGCCAGUCGACAAUCUUCUGAUUUGGAAAUCGGUAUGGAACCUGCAGAGACAAAUCGCACUAAAUUAGAUGUCAAUAGUAGAAAUAAUAGCAGAUCCAAACCAACAAAUGACCAGAUCGGCCGAGACAAUGGAAUCGCAACGCUUGGGGUUAACGAUGAACUCGCGACUAAAGGUUUAAUACCAGCUGCUAACAGAAAUAAUACUACAUCCGUUACAAAUAUAAAUGAAACUAUUUUUAAUAACGACCUAUCCCAUCAUGGUGGAAAAAAUUAUACAAACAUUAACCAAAAUGAAUCUGGGAAGCGUUCUAAUAAUGUAAGCGUUCUUGAGACUGAAAGAGCUAUUGGCGGGCCAGCAAAUCAAACUGGUAAUGGUACACUCAACAAUGGAGGUACUCGGGACGAUCCUGGUUCCUCUCAGAAUACUCGUCAUAACAAUGAUAUAACCCAAACUGGUCAAGGGAACAGUUCAUACACCGAUGACGGCACAAGUGGGAGGAAUAUAACAUUUAGUGGCGACAGAACUGAGACAAAUAAUGGUGUACCUGAUGGAAACAAUCGCUCCCUCAUUCCCCACAACGCCGAGCAGGGAGAUAUUGCAAAUUCUCCGACUAACAUGGAUAAACAUUCAUCCAUCAGAAAUGACGAAAUUAAUUCAACUUCCGCUGACAAACAAAAUAUUAAAUCAAGCGAGAAUGGCAUCUCAUUCAACAUGGCUAAUAACGAACCUGUAGCAUUGUCCACAGGAGAUGAAAGUGAAACGAACAGUACUGUGUCUUCAAAUAAUCGUCUCCAAGAUAGUGUGAGCAGUGGAGCCAUGACAUGGAGAAAUAAUAGUGGAAAAGAAAGCAAUGUUGCUUCCAUAAACAGUAUAACACACCAGUAUAAGCACAGUAUAAGCACACCUUUAAACUCCCCCGACUCCCAUGGUAUAAUUUCUAACAGUGUGUCGAACUUAACAAUUAUUAGUACUUACUCAAACGCCACUAACGUCAUGCUUGAUAACACUACAAAGGAAGCCAGCGAGCAUCAAGUUAACCAGGCUCAAUCGUCCAACGGACAAAUUGAGACUGAGACAGUUACUACAUUAUCCAGACACACAAACGAAAAAUUGUUCAUUACUGGAAGAGCUGGGAAGAAUAUUACUAAUAACCCAGACUCAAAGCCAGCCCCGAGUAGUGGAUCCGUCCAGAAUGGAACUACAUCUGAUACUCUUUCUCAUCGUAGACAAAAUACUAGUGUGCUCGGCGCUAACACCACAGAACCAUUAAAGGACCAGACUGACAAUCGAACCGUAGAUUUGGCCCCAGGAGUUAUCAUUAAUGCAAACAAUAUUAAAAAUUAUUCUCUCAGUGGUGCAGCAAAAGUCAGUAGCAGUGCAGGAAAUCAAGAUCUUUCAAAUUUUUCCAACGUUUCUCAUAAUUUAAGUUCAACUGAUGGUUUUAACAAGAGCAGAUCUUUCCGAAAUGGGAACAGCAAUGGUAGCGAAUUUGAAAUUGAAACUAUUACGACAAUAGAGAAGUACUCGACUGAGACAUUCUUCACCAAUGGAACUAGGAGAAAUAACAAUAAUUUGAUCUCCACAACCGAAAAGAAUUCAUUGAUGAUAAACGACAAAAUCACGUCAAGGGGUAAUAAUCUUGCGAAUUCGUCACAAUUAAAAAACAAAACACCCUCAACAAGCAACAAUGCCACAGUUUUGUCGGGGAAUACAAAUAUUUCAUUGCCAAAACCAAGCUCAUUUUUAAAUUCGUCCAAUUCCACAGAUCUUAAAAGUUCUGCAAAUGUGAAUGGUAGCGCGGGGAUCGACACAAAUAGAAAAUCUACACAAGUUAAUGGGACAGUAACAAAUCCUCCCCGAGUCGAUUCGGUUAACGAUAAUAAUAAAGCAACAUUCAAUGAUACGAUUAAAUUGUCUGCAAGUAAUUCGACAAUGUCCAUUACAAACAAUGCGCCAAGUAAGGGACGCACAAUGACUCGUUUUGUCGACAAGUCCAAAUCCUUUACAGACAAGGCUCCUACGAACAAAGUAUCAAAGAAGAAAAAACGAAAGGAAACGAAACAUGAAGAAUCUGAGGAAGCAAGCUCAGAAGAAGGAUCUGAAGAGUCCUCAACUGAAGAUGAGAAGCCUGCCAAACGUAAAAAGCCGGUUAUCACAACUAAAUUACCGAUGAAGACUACAACCGAGCCGCCCAUCCUUGCAGUGUUUGACAAUGGCAAACUUUUGAGGGUCCAUAUUAAACCAGCAGGAUAUGCUAAGACAGAUGCCGAAGUUCCAGGGUUUCAAGAAUUGGGGUUAUUUUAA